AUGAGGUUUACUUGCAAUUUGGAGCCAAUAAUCAGCUUGUAUCGGCGCCUGCAGCGCAAGGGUUAUUACUGGCCAGAAAUGAGGAAACAAGCAGCUGAAAUACAAGCCAAUUGUCCCAAGUGUGCAAGGAUACCCUCCACCGAGGAACCGUCUCAUUUGCAGAGGAUUGGAGGGCUCCAUACUUGGCAUCCUUCAUCAACGGAGUCUUGCCAACCGAUCCCAAGCAUGCCACGGUUUAAUGGUGAGCCAUUAAAAUGCUUCGGAAAGUCAGAGGCACAGCAAGCCAUGCAAGAGAUUCAUGCUGGAGAAUGUGGUGAGCACCAAGGAAUGAAGAGGCUUUACCAGCAGCUGCUGAGUGUUGGGUAUUAUUGGCCUACAUGA